AUGCAGUUCUCUACCAUCCUCUCCCUCCUCGCCGUUGCCGGUAUCGCCGUGGCUGCCCCUCCUGUCGUUCGCCCCCAAUCCAAUAACAAUGGUGUCCUCGGCCUUAAUGUCGCAGAUACUACAGUUCCCGUGGACGUCGACAUCUCCAUCAAGGACAACAACGUCGCCAACGGUUUGCUCGAGGGCGGCGUCAACAACCAUCACACCGUGGAUGGCCCGUUCAACGUUGCUGCGCUUGGCGAAGCAGACCAGGUUGCCCCCAAGGGCGCAUUGCCGCCUUUUUAG